AUUAUAACUGUAGAAUGCUCUGUGAAAGCUGAUAACAAUACAAAUUUAAGGAAUCCAAUAAAUGGAUUUCAGCACUCAACCUCAAGUCAUACUUCUCUGUGGCUUUGUUGUUUUUCUUGUUGUUCUAUGGAGGAUCUUAAGUAUCCAUGCCAAAAGCCACAACAAGAGCGGCUACGCUCCCCCGGAACCUGCUGGUGCAUGGCCAAUCAUCGGCCACCUUCAUCUUCUAGGAGCCGACAAGAUAUUACAUCAUUUAUUCGCAGCCAUGGCAGAUAAACUUGGACCCGUCUUCUUGUUACAGCUAGGGAUUCACAAAACUCUUGUGGUAAGUAGCUGGGAAGUUGCGCGAGAAUGUUUUACAGUGCAUGACAAGGCCUUAUCCACCCGUCCAAUGACUCUAGCCUUGAAGAUCAUGGGAUAUGAUGGUGCUAUCUUUGGAUUUCUCCCUUAUGGCCCAAAGUGGCGCAAUCUGCGUAAGCUAGUGAUGGUUGAGCUUCUAUCCACCCGUAGGCUUGAUAAGCUCAAACAUAUUUUAGAUUCGGAAGUCAAUUUAUUUGUCAGGGGGCUUUAUGAGCUGUGGAAAAGCAAAGGAGAAGAGGGUAUGCCUGUGGUGGAACUGACAGAGAGAUUUGGAGACCUCACGACGAAUAUAGUGGUGAGAAUGGUUGCAGGGAAGCGCUAUUUUGGCAAUGGAGAGUAUAAAAAUGAAGAGGCCAGAUGGUUCCAGAAAGCUUCAAAGGAUUUCUUACAUAUGGUAGGCUUGUUUAUGGUUUCUGAUGCAGUUCCCCUUUUUGGUUGGGUAGAUUCACUGACAGGAUACAAGGGAAAAAUGAAGAAGACAGCAAUUGUGAUGGAUAACAUACUUGAGGGAUGGAUGAAGGAGCAUAAACAAAAAAGGAAACUUGCGAGCAUCAAUGAAUCUGAGCAAGACUUUAUGCAUGUGAUGCUGUCUAUCAUGGAAUCGGAUCCAGAUGCUCAGAUCUCCGACACAACCAUAAAAGGCACUUGCCUGAGCCUUCUCUUAGGUGGAUAUGACACAACAAUGGUCACGCUUACUUGGGCAGUCUCAUUGCUACUUAACCACCGCCACGUGCUAAGAAAAGUUCAAGAUGAAUUGGAAAAGCAUGUUGGAAGAGAUCGCCAAGUAAAUGAAUCAGAUGUGAAGAAUCUACCUUACUUGCGAGCCAUUGUCAAGGAAACAUUACGACUAUACCCGCCUGCACCACUCAAUGGACCCCAUGAAGCAAUAGAAGAUUGCACUUUGGCAGGCUUCCACAUUUCAGCUGGCACACGCUUAUUUGCAAACCUAUGGAAGCUGCAACGUGACCCUCGCAUUUGGUCUGAUCCCUUAGAUUUCCGACCUGAUAGGUUCAUUGAGGAACAUGUUGAUGUUGAAAUGUGGGGGCAAAAUUUUGAACUGAUACCUUUUGGAUCUGGAAGGAGGGCAUGCCCUGGCACCGCACUUGCACUUCAAGUUCUGCACUUGACACUGGCUCAGUUGCUUCAAGGGUUUAAGCUAGGAACUGUUUCAGACUUACCUAUUGAUAUGACUGAAAGUCCAGGAUUUAUUAACCCCAAAGCAACACCACUGGAAGUUGCAUUCAGGCCUCGACUGGCUCCUUCUCUCUAUGCAUGAAGCAGAGUUUCCGGGGACAAGUCCUGCAUAUUUAAGUGAAGCUUCAAAGGCAGAGACCAAAUCUACGAAUAAUUUACUAGAGUGACAAUUUACUUAGCAAUAAGUGACAAUUUACAGAUCUUGCUGUUUCUAUUUUAUCAAGAACAGGUUCAACUCGCAGCAGCAAGACGUCUGGGCUAUAUAUGUUCUCCCGACGAUAUAUAUUUGUCAGUAAUUAAUUUGGUCGAGUGGUUUGAUAUAUUAAA